UUUGAACAAGCUUUGCAUUGAUGUCUUUAUUUUGCACCCAUGUAUGUGAGUGGAUAAGUGAUGCCAUUCUUGUAAAAAAUUUGCAAACCAUAUUUGUUCUUAGUUUGUUUUGAUUCAUUUUUGUUCUUACACUUGGGUUUUUCUUUUGCUUUUGAAGGCUUGCCAGGACUUUUUACAUGGAAAAUGCAAAUGAAAAUCUUGUCGACACUCUCAUGUUUUAGCUCAUGGAAUGCCUCAGCUCUGCUGUGAGUGAUUACAUAUCAGCUGUGAAGAAAUUAGCUUGUGGAGUUCUUGAAUCUUUAACCGAAGGGCUGAAGGUUGAACCAAGGAAUAUUUUCAGCAAGCUUCUGAUGGAUGAAGAGAGUGACUCUUUUUUCAGGCUCAAUCACUACCCUCCAUGUCCUAAACUUAAAGCAUUGAGUUGCAACUUAACUGGUUUUAGAGGACACACUGACCCUCAGAUAAUAUCAAUUCUGAGAUCAAACAAUACAUCAGGCCUUCAAAUCUCUCUCAGUGAUGAGAGCUGGGUUUCAGUCCCACCUUACCACAACUCCUUUGUCAUUUUUGGUGAUUCCUUGCAGAAUGGGCUUAAUAUGGUGGACCCAAUUGAGAAUGGGAGAGCAGCAGUAUUGUAAAAGUUGUGGUGAAGUA